AUGGAUCCUUUGCUAUUGGAGUCCUUGGGGCAAAUAAACAAAGACAUUAGGAAGGAGAACAAAUCUAUUAGAAACAGAUUGCAAAGCAUACUACUAGAUAAUAAAUUUCUUAAUGAUGAAGUCUUACCAUGUUUCCCAGACUUCCCUAUAAUUCCCAAUGAAAGAUGUGGUUUAUGGUACGUUCCUCCUGAAGACUUUAAACAGACCAGCUAUUUUAAGAGUACUGAUGGUCAUACGAAUCAAUGGGAUUUCAGCACAAGAAGACUAAACUUCCAUUUGUUCCCAACGUUACGAUCCAGUGGUGGAAUUAUUAUAGUGGAUAGUACAAGAAGAGGGAAGAAGAUUCCUGAUGCCUUAAGUAAAACGAUUCCCAUAUGGUGUGCUGUACUCAAUUAUAUAAUGCUAUUAUCGCAAAGAGGUAGCGAUGAUAUUGAUAUUACAGAUGUAUUAUUCACUCCUCCCGAGACUAUCUCUAAAACAGAAUAUGAUAUGAUAGCAAGGCGUAUUCCAGACUUAGUCGGUAAGCUUGUCAAAUUGGAUAUCGUUGAUGGUAAUGAAUUAUUUAUAUUAUUGCAAGGUAAACUGCUACGGCCAUUCUGGGUAUACCCAGGAUCUUCGUUACUUCAAUCUUCCAGAGAUGUCUUCACAGGUGAAAUCACUGGAGAUUCGUGGAAUGUUCCUCAACAUGCAAAUAUUAUACCAAUUAUAUUAUGUACCAUAAGUUAUCGUGCCCAAGAUGGACAUGAUAAGAGACAUGGGUUUACAUACGUGCAGGGGGCCGCUGAUGAUCACGAAUUAUGGUCAGAAGGGUUAACUCCUACAUUGUUCUGGUCUCAUAUUAAUUUCUUCAGAAAUAUGAAUCAUACUGAAGAGCAAAUUAAUCAAUUUGUCGAAACACUAGUUCAGGAGCAAGAUGAUGCGGGAGAACAAUCUGAUAUCAAUGAUGCGUUUGACUAUAUUGAUAAUGUGACACCACAAUUAGAAUUAGGUAAAAUCAAAGAUAAUGUUGUUAUCGGAAAAGUCUUAAGGGAAAAAUUGUCAGAUAGAUUUGCCUUAAGUAUUAUCUUGAGUGAAAAUGUUGAAUUGGACCCUGUAGAUAAUGAAAACCUGCCUAUUUCCACUCAUAUUUUUAAAUUACAAAGUGGUAGUAAGAAGAGCUCCAAAUUACUUAGAAACAAGAUAGAAGAAAUUAUUGGUUUAGUUGAAUCACAGAUGAACAAUGCACUAAAUAAACCCAUUCUUAUAUGUUGCAACACGGGAACUGACAUGUCUAUUGGUAUAUUGUUGGCGCUUUUAUGUCGUAAUUACAGCGAACGUUGGGUUCUUGGGGAAGUCGAAGCCAAACGUUUAGAUAAGAUAAUGAUCAGGAAGCAACUGACUAGGUUAAUAUCACAUUUGGAAGGAAGAACCAUAAACACAUCUAGAGCAACUUUAAAUAGUGUCAAUAAUUAUCUUAUGUAA